UUCGACGUGUCUUAUGGAGGAAACAAUUGCAUAAUGAAGUAAAUCGAGCAAUAUCUGCUUUAGUUUGGCAAAAUUAUGUUCCUCGUUGCUUGUCAGUUGUAACUUUCUUCGUGUCACUUGUCCCGAGGAUUUGUAUUUCUGCCUGUGAGUUACAUAUUUACAUAUUUCCGUCAGACAGAAAACUCCUGACGAACUACUUGAACACCGCGUUCGUGGGAAAUUAGGACUUGGAUUAUGCAAGUCCUUCCGCUUAUCUAUAUUAUAAGAGGCAAUGUCUGUUGGCAACGGAAGUGAAAGUAAAUCUGUCUGUGACGGAAGUUUGUCCGUCACGGAAGUGAAAGUAGUGAAAGCCAAGUUUCGAAUGGCGCGAAAAUUCAAAAACUUUAAUUUAAAAUAUAAAUGUUGGUUAUCAAGGUGUGGCGACCUGGUGGGGUUAUCAAGGCUUUGCUGCCUGAUGGUGGUUAUCGAGUUGUGGCGGCCUGGUGGGGUUAUCGGGUAUUUGUUCCCUGAGGGUGGUUAUCGGGUCUUUUCUGCCUGAUGGUGGUUAUCGGGUCUUUGUUGCCUGAUGGUGGUUAUCGGGUCUUUGUUGCCUGAUGGUGGUUAUCGGGUCUUUGUUUCCUUAUGGUGGUUAUCGGGGUGUGGCGCCCUGGUGCUGGUUAUCGGGUCUUUGUUGCCUGAUGGUGGUUAUCGGGUCUUUGUUGCCUGAUGGUGGUUAUCGGGUCUUUGUUUCCUGAUGGUGGUUAUCGGGGUGUGGCGCCCUGGUGCUGGUUAUCGGGUCUUUGUUGCCUGAUGGUGGUUAUCGGGGUGUGGCGCCCUGUUGGUGGUUAUCGGGGUGUGGCGCCCUGUUGGUGGUUAUCGGGGUGUGGCGCCCUGUUGGUGGUUAUCGGGGUGUGGCGCCCUGUUGGCGGUUAUCGGGGUGUUUCGCCCUGUUGGUGGUUAUCGAGGUGUUACGGCCUAAUGGGGGUAUUUGGGUGUCGUGGCCAUUGUCAGUACCAUUGUUAGUUUAUUUGGGGGGUUAUCUUAUUGCGUGCCGCUGCCGUUGGCAUUGCCCUUUUCCAGCAGAAUAUGUAAUAAUGCAUAUGCGGUAAAGCAAUCUUAGUUAUCUGCCUAAUUUUAUAUACUAGCGGUGCCAGUGGCAGUCUUAAUUGGUAGACGCGUAUCACCCAGUUAGACUGCCACUAUUACUGCCAGUGGUAUAGGCAGUGCCCAAGGCAGACCGACCUGGCAGAGACGACUGAAAUGCCAAAUUUAAUGCCAGACCCCCUGCCACUGGCAAUGGCAGUGCCUAUGGCAGCUUGGACUAGGAGAUGACGGAGCCAAGAAGGGAAGGGUGCCAGACACACUGCCACUGGCAAUGGCAGUGCCUAUGGCAGUUUGGACUGGCAGAGAUGACUGAGCCAAGAAGGGAAGGGUGCCAGACACACUGCCACUGGCAAUGGCAGUGCCUAUGGCAGUUUGGACUGGAAGAGAUGACUGAACCAAGAAGGGUGGGGGUGGAAUUAUAAAUGCCGAAAGGUUCAGCUAAUAUUGCAGACAAUUUAAAUUUAAUUUGGUGAACAUUGAAAACUAAAUCAACUCUCGCCUGGCGGUAGACGGGCUUAUACGCUAGUAUGUAAAUAGGUAAAUAUGUAAGUACAUGGUUUUCAUUAUAUUAAGCUCAGACUAGUACUUUUUACCAACAGUUGACCACAAUUACAUAAUUUAAUUAUUAAUCUCCAGAGCCAUUCAGCCCGCUGAAAGACUGCAAAUCCACCCAUUCGUGACAAUGCAUUGGUUAUUUCGCUUAUUCAACUACAUUGCAGUAUUUGCACUUCAUAUGCUUUGGGUGGUAGCAUAUUUCCCAGUUUUUCCAAUCUUCCGUUUGUGGCGAUAUUUCUCUUUGGAGAGUGAAUUUGGGCUGGAAACUAAUUUAGAGGAGCAUACAAAAGGGGUGGUCAAGGUUGUGAGGCAGGUCAGGAAAUGGAGACGAAAUGGAGAGAAGAAGAAAAUGACGACGGGAAGGCCAGGAUGGAAGAGUAUUUCCAUCACGAAAACGGAUAAGUCGGUCUACUACCCGAUUAAUGUUGAUCUGAAUGGAAUUAUUUCGCUUGAAGAAAACGAAGUGACGGUGACCGUCGAACCAGGCGUGAUGAUUGGGCAGUUAACUCGAUACCUGUUCAAAAGGGGGUGGACUAUUCCCGUCGUGCCAGAAUUGGACUCCCUCUCGAUAGGAGGUCUAAUUUGUGGAGCUGGACUAGAAUCGAGCUCCCAUAAGUAUGGAGUCCUGCAUGACACGGUAAUCUCGUACGAAGUUGUUCUUCCAGAUGCAACCGUGGUUACUUGUUCCGAGGAAAAUGAUCCCGACCUAUUUCAUGCAAUUCCUGGAUCAUAUGGAACAAUUGGUUUCUUAACUGCUGUAACAUUCCCACUAAUUCGGGCCAAAAGGUUUGUCCAAAUUGAUUAUCGUCCCGCGUCCUCUAUCACGCAAUUCAAUUCAAUGCUGAAAACUGAACCAAACCACGAUUUUGUUGAAGCUUUUGCUUAUUCCAAGAACGAAAUCGUCGUCAUGUUUGGCGACAUGGUUGACACCGUCGCACCCGGCGCAAGUGUAAACUACAUCAAUCGCUGGUACAAACAUAUCUUUCACAACCACGCCCACUCCAUAUUAAAGAAGGGAAGAGACUCAUAUGUCGAAUACGUUCCCUUGAUCGACUACUAUCAUCGCCACUCUCGAGGAAUUUUUUGGGUUUUUUCGGAAAAUUUUGUACUUCUGAACUAUUCUGUGUUUCUGUUUCUUUUUGGAUGUAUGCUAAAUCCAUACAUCCCGUCGCAAAGACUCAUUCCAAACGUUGCGUGGAACUUCUUGACCAGUGGGCAGGUCGUACAGGAUUACGUCGUCCCUUUCAAAACUGCGCAAAAAUUUUAUGACAUGGCGGAUGAACUUGUUCAUGUUUACCCAGUGUGGCUUUGUCCCGUAGAGUUGAAGAGAAAUUCGACCAUGUUUCGACCACCUGGCGAUGUCGACUACCUGGACUUUGGAUUUUAUACUUAUCCUAAAGCAGAUAAUUUUCAUCCCGUCAAAACCUUGGAGGCCAUGGAAGCCGAGGUCAUCAAAUGCGACGGAUUUCAAGGACUCUAUGCGGACUGUUUCAUGUCGAGAAAACAAUUCCGUGAAAUGUUUGACACGAGUAUUUACGACAAAGUUAGAAAGAGUCGUGGUUGCUGUUACGCUUUCCCAGACGUGUAUGAUAAAGUUGGACCAAAGUCUGCCGGUUUGAUUGCAGAUACGUGAGAGUAGAUAUUUAGCUAAAUAAAUACAAUUAGAUAAUUUACAAACAUAAUGAUAAUUAUUUCUUACGUAAUUGAAACAAUAUAAAAGAUGGCAUGUGCUCAAGUG